AGCAUAGUCGGUGACGCGACCUGUUCUGCGCUUCACAUUUAGUUGUGUCGAUGCUUGGAAUUAAAAAAUAUCUAUUAAAGUUUGGCGUUCACUCACAGUCGAUUUAAACUUAAAACAGCAUUCGAAGGUGAGGAACUUGCCUUUUCCCCUAGAGACCAUUGGGGGCGGGCUUCUCUCGUGAGCUUCGAAUGCUAAGCUAACGAGCUAGCGCGAACCAUGCCCAAUUUUUGCGCGGCUCCCAACUGCACACGGAAGAGCACCCAGUCGGACUUGGCCUUCUUUCGGUUCCCCAGAGACCCCGAGAGGUGCCGAAUAUGGGUGGAGAACUGUCGCCGUGCGGAUCUGGAGGAGAAAACCUCGGACCAGUUAAAUAAGCACUAUCGUUUAUGUGCGAAGCACUUCGACCCAGCAAUGGUGUACAAAACUAGCCCUUACCGGACUGUUUUGAAGGACAGUGCCAUUCCCACUAUCUUUGACCUGACCAGCCACCUACAGAAUCCCAACCUAAGACAUCGCAAGCGGGUCAAAGAGCUAACUGAAGAGGACAUUGAAAAGAUCAAACAGAGGAGAUUGGCUUCUCAGAAAAAAGAAGAAGCCGUCGUCGAAGACAAGACGGUGGAGGAUGCUGCACCACAAAUGUCCACCGAGGAAAAAGAGUUCCGGGAGUAUCUCAAGUCUUUGUUUGAGGUGGUGGUGAUGUUAGGGAAGCAGGGCAUCCCACUAGAGGGCAGCGACAUGUCCAGCAACUUCCAGGCGCUGGUGAACUACCGGCUGAACUCGGGAGACGAAGCUUUGAGGAGGCGGUUCCGAGGGACGCCUGUGAAUGCAGAGUAUCUGUCGGCCAUGCAGCUUGGGCAGCUGCUGGACGUGUGCGAGAACACAGUGAGGGAGGAGAUGAUCAUGGAGGUGAGAGAGAGCCGCUUCUUCUCCAUCAUCACGGGAGACAUUGUGGACUUCGACCAAGAGAAGUACCUGCCGCUGUUUGUGCGCUUCGUGGAUCAGCAAAACGCCGUGCGAGAGGAGUUCCUGGAUUUCCUGCUGUUCGACGGCGACGAAGUGGCGCUGGUGGAGAGGUUGGAGGCCCAGAUGACCGAGCGUUGGGGUCUCAGCAUGGAGGACUGCCGCGGUCAAUCCCACAAGGUCACCGGGACCUCCACCACCAAGAUGAAAGCCGUGGCUGUUCUGCUGAACAUGAAGUACCCGCUGGCGCUGCACACGCCCUACUCUGACAUGGCCCUGAACAUCCAGCUGGCCAACAGUCUUCCCUACUCCAUUGUGCAGGUGGUCUGUGAGACCCUCAGGAGGGUGGCUGCCUUUUAUAAAACUCCCUUUACCCAGGAGGAGCUGGAGAAGGCCGUCGCCAGCCACUAUCAGAAGAAUGAAGAGAAGGCUGAGGCUCUGACUCAGGCCAGUCGCUCCAACUGGACGGAGCAGCACAAUGUCUUCGACGUGCUCCUGGAGAUGUUGCCGCCGCUGCUGCUCUGCAUGGACGCGGUUGUGCUCAACACCGAGGGGAAGUUCCAGGAGAAGCAGACGUCCGACGCCUACUCUAUCGCGGAAACACUGGCCGAGUUCGAGGUCGUCGUCACCGUGGUCAUCCUGAAAAACAUUCUCAUGUUCACCAGAGCCUUUGGCCGGAACCUCCAAGGCGAGUCGCUGGACACCUUCUGCGCCGCCAACAGUCUGACCGCAGUACUGCAUUCGCUGAACGAGGUUAAUGACAACAUCGAUGUCUACCACGAGUUCUGGUAUGAAGAAGCGCUGAGCGUCGCCGCCGUCAUGGGAAUCCCCGCCAAGAUCCCACGCCUCUUCCUGCGCAAGCAAUCGGCCGGCGAGGUGGGAGAGGUCCAGGCUGAGCAGUACUUCAAGGAGUAUGUGACGGUGCCGGUGAUCCACAGCGUCAUACAGGAGCUGGAGGACAUGUUCUUUGAGAACAACCUCAAACCUCUCAAGUGCCUCUCUCUGGUCCCGGCCAUCAUGGGCCAGAUGAAGUUCAACACCUCUGAGGAGAACUAUGCUGAAAUCUACCAGGGAGACCUGCACAAAGCGGAAACGCUGUCUGCCGAGCUGCACUGCUGGAGGAUCAAGUGGAAGCACCGGGGCAAAGAGGUCCGCCUGCCCACCACCAUCCACGAGACCCUGCAGCUCCAGGACGUCAAGUUCUUCCCCAACGUCAAUUGCCUGCUCAAGCUGAUCUCCACGCUGCCGGUGUUGAAGCUGGAGCAGCAGAGAGGCGACAAGGCGAGCGAGCGGCUCCAGGCGUACCUGGACAGUGUGGCCUCCCGGCAGUGGAACAGGAGCUUGGCUGUGCUCAACGUCAACACUCACGUCAAACACGACCUGGAGGUCAUGGUGGACAAGUACUGCAGGCUUUACUCUGAGGAAGAACCUGAACCUGAACCUGAACCUGAGCCUGAGCCUGUGUCAGAAGAAGUGGCAGGUGACGCUGCAGCUCAGUCACAAACCCCUGAAAACCCCUCUUCAGCUCAACUUUAAUCAUAUCCAGCUUUGUUUCCGUCUUCUGAGUUACGUGUGCGUUGUAUGUGCACCUUUUUUAGUGAGAAAAAAUGACGUUCAGCUAAAUAAAUGUGGGUUCCCCUGAUGUCAGCGGUGCUGUGUUUUGGACACAAGGGGGCAGCAAAGGCGCGUAGUUGCCUUAGUUUUUAAGUUAAACUUAUUACCGUCCUGUUCUGAACUUGUGAUACAGUUAGUGCUCGAUAUUUCCAUGUAAUA